UUUUUUUUAUUAACCCUUGUCUACGCAAGACUUAAGGAUAUUAAGGUUUUCAUAUCUUACAAUUUGUUUACAAUUUUUAUAAUAUUUUUGAACCAAUUGCAUUAUCUGAAUUUUGUGACAAAUGUUUCAUUGACAAGUUCAUGAAAAAAGAAGUUAAAUUAAUUUCACUUAAUUUCAAUUGUGGCAAAUAAAAGUAUUUACUUGUUUUUGCCAAUAUUUUAAUAUUUACCCUUUCAUUAUUUACAUGAUUUAGCUUGCAAUGUAAUUAAAGCCACAGGAAAAUCUUUUUUUGUUUUUGGUUUCAGAAUGGGCAGGAGGUUAAAUAAUACUAGACAUUGUGAGACAUGUGGGAUUUGGGAUAUAAAAUUUCUUCCGAAGUCUGAGAUGGUUGUGUAGGGCACUUCUCUAAAAUUAGACCAUUUGACAAGGAACGCCCAAACAAGAGUUCUGAAAGUUGCCCAAACGUAAUAACUAGGGCUGGAAAGAAAAAAAAAAAAAAUUACUGGUAAACUUUCAGUAGCUGUAAACUAGCAACUAGGAAAUGAAAUAGAUCUUUGGUUUCCUAAUGACAAAAACAAAGGCAUAUUCAUAAAAAUAAUUUAUGGGGGCUACUUCAGCAAGUACAAAAUAAUAAUUUUUCAACAAGUUACUGCUGCAACUUGAAACCAACACUUCAAACUGUCGGAAGAAAAUAAUUGAUAAAGGUAUUCAGACACAAAGUAGCAAAACACUUAUUAAGAAUUUGGAAUUAAUAAGCAUUGAUAAUCCUAUUUUUAAGAUAACUUACUAAUUCAUUACUUGUCUUAAUUAGGAAAGGAUCAACAGCAAACCAGUGGCAAAUUAAACUCUUGAACUAUUUUUUGGAGACAAGAGGGGAAAAAAGUGCCAAGUUGAAGCAAAAUUACACUUGACACAUGUAAUAGAGUAACUUUCUUCUUGGUUGGACUUUACAUUCACACCCGUAAAUGCAUUACCAAUUUUUUUUUUAAUUGUAAAUAAAGUCAAGUUAAUAAAUAUGCACAAAAUAUAUUUGUAAGUAUAAUACAAAUGGGUAACAUAUGGUUAACUUUUUAUUCCAAAAUGUACAUUUCAAUUUACCAAAACUUAUGUUUUUUAAACAUAAUAUUUAUUUAAAAGCACCAUUAAUUCCUUGUGUUGAGCAAGACCUUUCAGUAGGAAGAUCGGAAAAUACAGUACAAACUGUUAUGUACAAAAUGUUUAAUCUUAUUUACAAGUAAUUAGCUUUUAAAUAAUGUUAAUGUUAACAUUGCAUAAUAGAUGCAAAUUAAAAUCUUUGGUUAAAAUUUCUUCAACACAAGUCAACAGAGGUUGACAAAAUACUUACAAAAAUAAAACUACAUAAGUUUUUUUGUACAGUCCUAAAAUGGAAGCUUCCUAUUUACCAUAUUUUAGCAUAUAUGGUGGAAUGUCUUUGUUGGUCAUAAUACUAUAAACACACUGAUGCUUGUUUAUUGCAGGAUGUAUACUUUGAACACAACCAAUACUGUUUCCUUCUUUCUGAUAUUCAAUGCACUUUCUUACAAAGAAUUUGUUUCCUUCAUGAACCAAAGGAUGAUCCAAAAAUUCUUCAACCUUCAUCCAUUGACAUGCUUUGAUUUCUUUAUUACAUUUUUCUAUUUUAUCUGACAAUGGCUUAAGACAAGCUAUGAAGUAUAUGUCAGAACAUCCAAAAUUAGCAUUGUGCAUGUGGCGAAAAGUUGCAAGAUAUUGGAAUUCUGCUUGAACAUUGGUUUCUUCAAAAACUUCUCUGACAGCAGCAUCACCUAUAUUUUCACCAGGUUCCACAUAACCACCAGGAAGUUUCCACUGCUGUUUUGUUGAAAAGCGUUCUUGAAUCACCAAUAUCUCAUCAUCUGAAUUAAUAACUACUGAUCCAACACCCACCAUGGUAUGACAAUAUGAUGGAAUAUUGCAUUCUUCAUUCUCUGGUAGCCAUUUGUACAUAACAACAUCGUCUCCCUUUAUAUGAUGAAAUUUGAAGCCAUUCUGCAAGUUCAGGGAUCCAGUCUGCCUGUUCCAGGGCAACAUUGAACCAUACAGUACGCACGUUAUUUGUUCUCCAAUAUUUCAAUGACUCUUCAAGAGUGAUGGAGAAACAUCCGCCGUCAGAAGCUUCACUUGAAUUCACAACUAUUCCCUUAUAUAUAUCCUUCUUUCCUUGAAAAAUUGUACUAGUGUGUUGUUCGCCCCCUGAUGAAGACAUUUCCAUAAAUCUAAGACUCAGUAAAUGAUAACUUGAAGAAGACGUAAGCUUACGAAAAUGCCACUGAUUCUGUGAGAUUUCCAAGAGAAUCCGGAAAACUGGAACGAUGACCCUGCACAUUUGUGAAUAACCUAUUCAUUAUGCUUAUCAAUACCAACUUCAUCGAUCAAGGCCGGAGCCCAGCGACAGCCACUUUCGGGUGCUUAUAACCCACGUGCACGUUGCGAGACAAUUGUACAGUGGUAGGGGAAAAUUAGGCACGGUUGCCACAUGAGUGCUUGCGUGAAUGUUUGCAAAAUCGAUUUUAUUUUAAAAAUACUGUUUUAAAACAACCAUUAGUUGGUAGCGGUGUUCUAGGUAAAAAUGCAUAAACACAACUACGAAAAUUAUCACGAUCGUUGAUUCAGUUCAACUCUUUGAAGAACAGCACAGUAUACCAAGUAACGUGAAAUAAACUAUAGCAAUCAUAGCAAGUUGGGAGCGAGAGCGCGAAAAUAAACAAUCGACCGCAGAUGCCACCUGCCGCAUCGUAAACGCGUUUGAGCGAUUUUACAUUCGCGGAAGAUUCGAAGUAAGGAUAAUGAAAGACGUAAUAAAGCUGUAGGAUAUUAUAAAAUCAAGAUGCAGCUCAAGCAUUUGCGAACAGUUUUGCAGGCUGAGAACGGUAUUGCGAAAAUAUCGGCCAUUGCUUGGGCUCCAAAUAACAACAAAUUGGCUGUAUGUACCUCAGACCGUGUUGUUCACCUGUUUGAUGAAAAUGGAGAAAAGAGGGAUAAAUUCUCAACCAAACCUGUGGAUGCAAAGUAUGGCAAGAAAAGUUAUGUUGUUAAAGGCUUAGCUUUUUCUCCUGAUUCAACCAAAAUAGCUGUUGGCCAGACAGAUAAUAUUGUCUUUGUAUACAAAAUUGGAGAGGAAUGGGGUGAUAAAAAAGUAAUCUGCAAUAAAUUUCCUCAGUCAUCAGCUGUGACAUGUCUUAUCUGGUUGACAGAAGGGCCUAUUGUUAUUGGACAAGUGGACGGUAAAGUUCGAGCUGCCAAUGUUAAAUUUAAUAAAUCUCAGACAUUGUACACUACAGAUUCUUUAGUAGUAUCUUUGGCAGCCAAUUCUCGAGGCACUGGUUUUUUAUCUGGGCAUCUAGAUGGAACAAUUGUUCGCUAUUGUGUGUCUGAUGAUGGUUCAAUGGAGAAACAAGGUAGAGUGGUUACCCACCCUGUGCCUCCUUACGCUCUAGCUUGGCCUGUUGGUCACACAGUUGCAGCAGGUUGUGAUCUACGAGUGACUGUAUAUAAUCGUGAAGGGCAAAUUGCAAAGCAAUUUGAUUAUAGUAGGGAUGAAAAAGAGAAAGAAUUUACUGUGGCAUGUUGUAGUCCUAGUGGACAAGCAGUUAUGGUUGGUAGUUUUGACAGAGUGCGGGUAUUUAGUUGGAGUCCCCGAAAGUCAAUGUGGGAGGAAAAUGAACCUAGGGAAAUUCAGCAUUUAUAUAGUAUUACUGCUCUUGGAUGGAAACGUGAUGGAUCUAGGGUUGCUGUAGGGACUCUCUGUGGAGCAGUUGAACUUUUUGAGUCAUCAUUUUAUAAUUUUGAACUACCUGAAAUUGAAUGUUUUUGCUGCUUCAACAGACGAACUGUGUGGAAAAACAAGUUUGAAAUGACAUAUGUAGGACCUAGCCAAGUGCUUGUGAAACCUUUAGCUCCAGGAUCAAGAGGAGUGAUUCUGAAAUCUCAAUAUGGCUACGAAAUAGAAGAUGUUCGAAUAAUGGGUCAUGACAAUUAUUUAGUUGCUCGCACAUCUGAGACACUACUACUUGGAGAUCUUCAACGGAAUUUAUUAAGUGAAGUGCUGUGGCCAAAUUCUGGUCAUCAUGAAAAAUUCUAUUUUGACAAUCCUAAUGUUUGUCUCAUAUUCAAUGCAGGAGAAUUAAGUCUUGUAGAGUAUGGUGACAAUGAAAUUCUUGGAUCUGUGAGAACAGAGUUCAUGAAUCCUCAUCAAAUAAGUGUUCGUUUAAAUGAAAGAAAGCAAAAUAGUGCUGAAGAUAAUAAGAAGCUGGCUUAUUUGUUGGAUUUAAAAACAAUUUGCAUUUUGGACUUGGUUUUUGGUGUGACUGUGGCACAACUAACUCAUGACUCAAAGAUUGACUGGCUUGAAUUGAAUGAAACUGGUCAUAAGUUACUUUUUCGUGAUAAGAAAAUGCGUUUAACAUUAUUAGAUAUAAUAAAGGGGCAAAAGAUUUCUAUUCUCACUUAUUGCACUUUUGUUCAAUGGGUUGUGGGAAGUGAUGUUGUUGUAGCUCAGUCUCGGAAUAAUUUAUGUGUUUGGUACAAUAUUGAUGUACCAGAACAAGUUACAUUAAUUACAAUAAAAGGUGACGUAGUAGAUGUUGUUCGUGCUGAUGGGAAAACUGAAGCAGUUGUUCAGGAAGGCAGUCAUCAAUUAGGCUAUGAACUGGAUGAGGGACUUGUAGAAUUUGGGACUGCCAUCCAUGAUAAUGAUUUGGGGCGAGCUGUGACAUUUUUAGAAACACUAGGAGAUAAACCUGAAGCAGAAGGCAUGUGGACCAAUUUGGCAUCAAUUGCUUUAGAACUGAAUAAAUUGCAUGUUGCUGAGAGAUGUUAUGCUGCUCUUGGAGAUGUAUCACGCACUCACUAUCUUCGACGAACUAUUGAAAUAGGAAAUAAAUAUGCAGAAGAGAAUGUUACACUUCUCCCAGAUGGUGAUUUUAUGGGUUGUCCUGACGUAUGGGCAAGGCUUGCUAUACUUAAUAAUCGUCUGAAAGAUGCUGAAGCAGUCUACCUGGAGCAAAAUCAGUUGAAUGAAGCAAUCACUAUGUAUUGUAAUCUUCACAAAUGGGAGGAAGCUUUAUCAUUAGCUGAAAUGAAAGGGUUCAGCAAUUAUGAUCAGUUACGUGAGAAACACAUGCAGUGGCUGCUUGACACUAAUCAAGAAGAAAAAGCUGGUGAAAUGAAAGAACAUGAAGGGGACUACAAUGCUGCAUUUAAUUUAUACCUAAAAGCCAAUUUACCCUCAAGGGCAUCAAGAUUACUCCAAAGUAAUUAUGAGAUGUUAGAAAAUGAAGAAAUGGUAUACAAAGUAGUCACAGCUUUGGUACGCAGUGAAAUGUAUGAACAGGCUGGUGAAUUAUUUGAACGUGUGAACCAAUCAGAAAAAGCUUUUGAUUGUUAUAGGAAAGGGAAUGUAUUUUCAAAAGCUAUUGAACUGGCUCGUUAUGUAUCACCAGCAGAGGUUGUGCGUUUGGAAGAAGAGUGGGGUGAUUACCUUGUGUCCAAUAAGCAGCUUGAUGCAGCCAUUAACCACUAUAUUGAAGCUGGGAAGACAAUGAAAGCCCUUGAUGCAGCUGUUGGUGCUCGUCAAUGGAAAAAAGCUGUUCAGAUAAUAAAAGUCAUAGAUGAUCCUACUACAGUUGUUAAUCAUUAUCGACAAAUUGCCCAACAUUUUGCUUCCAUCAAAGAAUAUAAUACUGCUGAGAAGUUGUUUCUUCAAGCUGAAAUGUAUGAAGAUGCCAUUGACAUGUACAAUCAAGCAGGUGAAUGGGAUAAAGCACACUUUUUGGCAAGUCAAUAUUUAGACACUGACAGAGUGUCACAGAUGUAUUUGGCUCAGGCACAAAACUUGGAACAACAAGGAAAGCUAAAAGAAGCUGAAAAACUAUAUAUAUCAGUUACAGAGCCAGAUGCUGCCAUUUCAAUGUAUAAAAAAAAUAGGCAGUAUGAUCAGUUGUCUCAUGAGUACUUGGAUAUUAUGAUGCGAUUAGUUAGUCAGUAUCAUCCCGACUUGCUACAGACUACUCAUUUACGUCUUGCUCAAGAAAUGGAAGCAGAAGGCAAUUUUAAAGCAGCUGAACAACAUUUCUUAAAUGCAGAGGAAUGGAAGAGUGCAAUCAAUAUGUACAGAGCUGCUGAUAUGUGGGAGGAUGCUUACAGGGUUGCAAAAAGUCAUGGCGGUGCUCAAGCUGCAAAUCAAGUAGCAUAUCUUUGGGCAAAAAGCUUGGGAGGAGAAUCUGCAGUAAAAUUACUUUCUAAAUUUAAUCUUUUAGAAAUUAGCAUAGAUUAUGCUUGUGAGAAUUACCAAUUUGAAUUUGCCUUUGAUCUGGCACGGUCAGCUAUGAAAUCUAAAAUGCCAGACAUUCAUUACAAAUAUGCCAUGGCUUUGGAAGAUGAUGGAAAAUUCAAGGAAGCUGAGGAACAAUUUAUACUAGCUGGAAAACCAAGAGAAGCAGUACUUAUGUAUGUCCACAAUCAAGAUUGGCCCAAUGCACAACGUGUUGCUGAAAAGCAUGAACCUGAAUCUGUUACUGAAGUACUUCAGGGUGAAGCAAAGGAAGCUUUCAAGAGAGAAAAUUACCAACGUUUUGAAUCUCUUCUGCUGCGUGCACAAAAGGCAGACUUAAUUAUUAAACAAUACAGGGAUGCAGGCAUGUGGGUUGAUGCAUUACGUGUGUGUAAAGAAUUUUUACCUUCUCACCUAACUACUCUUCAAGCUGACUACGAAAGAGAAGUUGGUGUCAAAGGCUCUCAUGAUGCAAGCACUUUAUUGACAGCUGCUAAUAAUUGGGAACAGAGUGGUGAUUACAAAGCUGCUAUUGAUUGUUUAAUAAAGGUGACAAAUGCAAACACAAAUGAUUCUUCACUUCUGAUCAAAGCCUGGACUCAAGCUGCAGAUUUGACCAAUAGAUAUUUAGAAGGCGCUGAAGCUGUGGAGGUUGUGAAAAUUUUGGGUCCCCGAUUGGCAGAAGUGGGCCAGCAUACAGCUGCUGCUCAAUUGUAUAUAGGGGCAGAUAUGAUUAAAGAAGCAAUUGAUAUUUUCAUUGAAGCUGAAGAAUGGGGAAAAGCAAAGAAAGUUGCUCAAGAACUAGAACCAAGAUAUGAAUCUUAUGUUGAGAACCGAUAUAAAGAAUCAUUAAGAAGAGAAGGAAGAGCAGAUCAGUUGGCUGAUGUUGAUAUAAUUGGGGCUCUUGAUCUUUUAUCAGAACAAGGACAGUGGAUGAAGUGUUUGGAUACAGCUCGUCAACAUGGCCCUAAUGUACUUCAUAAAUAUGUAGCUCUUUAUGCUACACAAUUAAUAAAGGAGGAACAACCCUUUCAAGCACUUGAGCUCUACACAAAAUAUGAUGCUCCUCCCUUCUCCCAGAAUUAUAACAUUUACAAACGAAUUGCAAUUGAUAUUUUUAAUUUAACUGGCUUAUCUAGUCCAGAUUCUUAUGCACAAUGGGCGGAGCUUCGAAACAUGCUAUUGCAAUUGACAGAAUCUAUGAAGACAUCUUCUGAUGCUGGAAGUUCAGUACAUGAUGAAUUCAAUAUACUUUUGGUCAUUAGUCAUUAUUAUGCGUCAAGAUGUGCAUAUAAAGGUGUUGAAUCUCUUGAUGAGUUAGUUGCUAAGUUAUCCAUUUCUUUACUUAGACAUACAGAUAUUAUUCCUGCUGAUAAGGGAUAUUAUGAAGCUGGUGUUGAUGCUCGUGCAAUUGGCAAAGAGAGCGAAGCUUUUGUAUUUCUGAACCACUAUCUUGAUAUUUGCGAAGCAAUUGAAGAAUCCAAUCCUGAUAUGCUGGACUACAGUGAUUUUAGUGCUACAGAUUUCCCGAUGGAAAUCCCUCUUCCAACAUCUCUUCAUUUGUCUCCUGCACAACAUGAAGAAGUUAAGGAAUGGGUUCUAGCUGUUUCUAUGGAUCAAAAAGUUGAUCAGGUAUUGCCAGUGGAUGAUCGAAUGCUGUAUCCUGCCUCACUUUCAUCAGGAAGUGGCCAAUCUGCCCCCACAUGUGUCAUAUCAGGUUAUCCAAUAAUGUCAGUACGAGGUCGAAAUCCAGUAGAAUUCAAGAGGGUGGGCAUGCUGGCAAAUCGUGAAGAUUGGAAUAAAGUAAUGAUGGCAGUAAAAAUGGCUCCUGAAUCCCACAUUACUGAUGUUAUUAAUUUCAUUAGUCAGUGGUGUGGAGGAGUCCCUAUGUUUUCAUUUCAAUAGAUCUCUCAAAUAAUUUCACUGACACAUAUUUGUAAAAUGUGCUUUUCUUUUGAAAUGUUGGUCCCACUCCAAAGGGAUGUCUAGUCAUAACAGGUUUGUGAAUUUGAAUGCACCAAAGAUCUUUUUUCAAGAAACAAAUUUUACAUUAUGUGAUAUAUUUAUGAUGAUUUCUGUGUUUAAAAAUGCGGUUGUGAACAUGUUGCAUUUCACAGUUUAAUAUGGGGAAUCAAGGUUUGUGCUUCUUGAAUACAUGGAACACUUUCUAGAUUUUGUAUACUUUUGUUUUAUCCUAUUAUCUAGUAGGUCAUUGAUAGAUUUUCUAUCAUAUAUUUCUAAAAAAAUGCUUUUCAUUUGAAAAGUUAGCCUCAUUAGGAGGACAUCAAGGAGCCUAGGCAGUCGUAAUAAAUUUGUGAUUUUUUGAAUCAAAAAACAAAUUCCGUCCAUUGUGUGAUAUAUCUUAACAUUCAUUCUAUGUUUAUAACACUUUUUUGAGAACUUACAGCUCUCCACCAUCUGAAAUAAGAAUCAGAGUUUCUAUUUGUUAAAAUAUGUAUAUGUAUAACAGUUUUACUGUGAUGUAGUUCUGAGUUAAUCGAUUCAUUCUUUUUGCGUAAAGAGCUCUUCUAAGAGGAAGUAACCUUUUAGGCAUGCAAUAAUCUUGUCUUUUGCGUAUGAUAAUGUUCACACUAUGUAUUUUUAUUUCAUUUUGUUCUUGCUUUGCCUGUAUUAAUUUUAAUUAAUUCUUUUGGAUCAUUGUACUUUUCCCAGUUACUUUUUUUGAUUUAUGUGUUUGCACUUUGAAUUGAUAUUGGACAAUGUAUCACCAGAAAUAAAGGAUAAUACAAAGAUGAA